ACAAAAAAACAACCAGUGAAAAAUAUAGUUCAAUAUUAUUCCGUGUGUAUUAUUAUAGGAUUGGUUUCUUGCAAUUUUGUUAAAAAACAUUAAUAUCAAUGGCAAUGGCGUAAAAAUUAUUUGGAUGCGGUACGAACAUCGUUCGUACUUUAUAUUUUUCAUCUGGUGGAAUACCUCGAAUAAAAAUAUUGACAGAUAACGUUUGUCGUAUAUUAUGGGAGCAACAUUUUUCUUAAAUUCAUUAACAAAAGUAUACGGAAAAUUAUCUUCCGUUCGUUUAAAUAUUGUUGAUUAUUGGUUGAAACUAAAAAUUCAUAGCCAUUCUGUACGACUACGAUAGUGAUCGACAAAAAUGAAAUUGAAUGAGCUCGUUUAUUGGUAUCAAAAGAAAAUUGGUACUUAUGAUAAACAACAAUGGGAAAAAACUGUAGAACAACAUAUUCUUGGAGGAUUUACACAUGUUCCAAUGAGAACUGCAAAAUUAAAAACAGAAUUUAUUGAUGUAGACCUUGUGCGAGGUUCUUCUUUUCCUAAAGCUAAGCCAAAGCAUGGAUUAACAACGGUAGCUUGCUUGGCACUUCAACGCCUAUUAUUUCUUCCUUUAUAUAAAAAAUGGUGGAUACAACAAACUAGUUCAAAAAUUUUUAUUUUAUUUUUAUUAUUAUAUAGUUUGCAGAUGAUCAAUAUGUGCAUAUAUUUUUGUCACAUUGCUAAGGACAGUGAAAGUGAUAUUGUAUCAAUAUCAGAGGUAUUAAUACCUGCUAUUAUGAUGUUGAUACUAUGUAUUGUUCAUUCCCAUAUUGUGUCAACUCAUUCAGGUCCAGCAAUAGUUGAUGGACAAAGUAAACAGAGAAUAGUUAGACGUUCACGACACACUAGAUGUCGAAUGGGAAAAUCAAGGACAAGACAAAACCUACGUUUACAUGAAGAUUCUAAAUCAUCUCAAGACACAGCUUCUGAGAAAGCUAGUACAGUAAGUGGUGAAGUAUUAACAUCUGUACGAUUUGCUAAAAAGGUUGUAAUUGAAAAUUCAUUAACUGUUAGUCGGUCACAGGAAAUCGUGACCGCUCAAAUAUCCUGUGAUAAUGAGCCAAUCAAUGCUGCUGUGAACAAUUCUCUUCCUAUGAAUGAAGCUUCAGCUAGUCAUACUGAAUCAAAUAAUGUUCCAGAUCAAAACAUGAAAAAUGUACAUCAAGAUGAUGAUGGAUUUGAAAGUUUAAACGGGAAUGUAUCCAGUGAUAAUGAUAAAAGUGCUGCACGAACUACAGUCGAAAAAUUUAAACAAAAAAGGGAUGGAUUACUGAAAACUAAUGAAGACCAUAUUCUUUGGCCAGAAGAUUCUACCAAUCAAUCAGCUUUACUACAACCUAAAUUUUCAGCACCUGAUUUAUUAAAGACAGAAAAUAAUUCUUCAAAUAGUGAAGCAGAAGCUCCAAAUAAAGUAGAUAAAGAUCACUGUCUCAUGGGAAUAGCAUCAAGAGAAGGACGUCAACAAUGUGAAAGUGAAGAAGAAGGAGAAUGUGAGGAGACAGUUACAAAUCAUUUAACAGAAGCCACUACAUCUGCUACUGAAUGGAUGGGAGUAACUACAAAUAGUGAUGAGUGUAGUUACAGUUCGGAACUUGAAGAAUCCGAUUUACAUAGCGAGACUAAUAAAAAUUACGGAGAACUUGCGGAACAUCCAUUUUCUUGGGAAUUUGAAUUGCCACCCUCUAUAAUGCUUAGUUCGAAUUGUGCAUCAUAUGAUCGAGUUUCAUGUACUAUAUGGACCCGUCGUGAUAUAAAAAAGGCUGAACUAUCGGUACUGGACAUCAGUUCAGCUAUUAUUGCUAGAGUAGAAUCAAUGCCUGAAAGUAUGAAUUACUUUUAUGGAGGCCUAUUGCUUAGUGUAGUAUUAUCAUUAAUACCAUCUAUUAAACGAUUAAGUGACCAUGUUGGAAUGGAUAACAGUAGCAAUGUAACUAGUUCCUUAAUACCAAAUGAUUUAACUUACGUCAAUUUGGAAACAUAUAGCGAUAUUUUAUGUAAAGUUAUAGAUUUGGCAUUUGGAACAACUCUUUGGGAACGCAUAGUAGUGCUUAUAUCAGCAUUUGAAAGACUUAUAUUGUCAUCUUUAUUAUUUUUUUUAUUAGCGGUUGCUGAACGUACUUAUAAACAAAGGCUCUUAUACGCUAAAUUGUUUUCGCAUCUAACAUCAUCAAGACGUGCAAGAAAAUCUGAUUUGCCGCAUUUUCGGUUAAAUAAAGUACGCAAUAUAAAAUUGUGGUUAAGUGUCAGAUCUUAUUUAAAGAGAAGAGGACCGCAACGUUCCGUGGAUGUAAUAGUAUCAGCAGUAUUUAUUGUUACCUUAUUAUUAUUAUCAUUCGUGAGCUUGGAAUUAAUUAAGGAUCUUGAAAGUUUGCAUUCCCGAUAUAAUGUCGAAGCACUCUUUUGGAGUUUUUCUCUUGGAAUAUUUAUACUACGUUUUAUGACAUUGGGUACGAAAAUUAAUAAAAAAUAUAGAAAUCUUUCUGUCUUGAUAACAGAACAGAUUAAUUUAUAUUUACAAAUCGAACAAAAACCACAUAAAAAAGAAGAGCUUAUGGUAGCAAAUAAUGUACUCAAAUUAGCAGCGGAUUUGAUCAAGGAACUUGAAUGUCCAUUUAAAAUAUCUGGUUUAUCCGCUAACCCCUAUUUAUACACAAUUACAAAAGUAGUAUUAUUAUCUGCUCUUUCAGGGGUGCUUUCAGAAUUACUUGGAUUUAAGCUCAAGUUGCAUAAGAUAAAAAUCAAAUAAAAAGGUGAUACUAUAUUUAUUUUCAUAUAACUACCUCAAUGAUGUUAGCCAAUUAACGAAAAUAAUUCAACUUUGUUAUUGAAUAUUAGAAUAUUUUAUAAAAGCGUUCUGUAUGGGCGUUUAGA